AUAUUAGUUCAUCCUCCUCACUGCAAAUACCAGAAACGAGUCAGCCCGCACAAAAGGGGAGUGCCGCUGGGCAGCGAGGGAGCAAGCACAAAACGCAGGCGCCCUUCCAGUCCCCCCUUCCCUCCAAAAGUCCUUUCAACAUGGGGAAAGAAGAGAAGAAAGCUUCAAGCAGCCCGCCCCGUAACAACCUGAGCCAGGCAGGACCUGGGACGGAGCAGAGGAAGGAGCCCGAAGCCGCCCCGAUGUCCAAGAAGCCGCCCAAAAGGGAUCCCGGCGCGGGCCAGGAGGAGGACGCCCACAAGUGCUGCGGCUGCCGCUUCCCGUUACUGGUUGCCCUCUUGCAGCUGGCUUUAGGAGCCUCCGUCACAGUGCUGGGCUUCCUCAUGGCCAGCAUCAGCUCUUCCGUGCUGGGCAGAGACACUCCAUAUUGGGCUGGCCUCAUUCUUUGUGUCGUGGCAGUGCUAGGGCUGGUGAUGCUCUGUAUCUCUUAUCAACCGGAUGAGAAGACCUGCGUCCAGUUUGCCAUCAAGGUCACCUACUUCCUGUUGAGCGCUCUGAGCCUGGUCGUCUGUGUGCUCGCCGUGGCUUUUGCCGCCUACUGUUAUUCCCAGAUCACCCAGUUGACCUGUGAAACCAUCUCUGAGACCUGCCAGUGUAAAUUGGACACAGAGGAUCCCCUCAGCAGAACUUUCAUUUACCAAGAUAUAUCUGACUGCCCCAACUUCCUUGGGACUUUCAGCCUUUACUUACUGAUCCAAAUAGUUCUGAACCUCCUGGCUGCUUUUGUGGGUUUGGCAGCAUGUUUUGUGAUGUGGAAAGACAGGUACCAAGUCUUCUAUGUGGGCAUCUGGUUGUACGGUUCAACUGUCCCUGGAGUCCAACAACAGAAAGUAUAGGGAUCUGGGAGGAGAGACAUCCUUAUCAAAUCACCACCAAACUGAUGACUGUUUACAUAACGGGGGGGGGGGGGGAGUAGGGUUAGGGUUACAUUUAUGUAAAUGGGGUGGUGGUGCUUAAUUGAUAUAUUCAUUCAGAUGGAUAAGAGAAAUAUGUCUACAAUCGCUAUCCUCCUACUAGAUCCCUUAUAUGCCCCAAAGAGCUAAGGGGAACCACUUGUUGGAACCAGAGUUGUGGAUGUUAACUACUGGAAGAUGCUGUUGGUCCACAUUGCAAAUGCCCACCUUUGUAAAGCUCUGCUAGGGAAGCAUCAGUGUGAUUCUGUUUCUGCUGCCAGGCCAAGAGGCCUUUUGCCAGAAAGAACUCCAGGAAAUGUGUCACUUUCCUUCUUUGAAUAUAGCAUGAGACCAAAGGCAACUAUCCCAGAAAGUGCAAAAGUUAAACCCUCAUAUGUGUGUGCAAACCCAUUUCCCCUCAGAGUGCUGUGAUGGACCCCGGCACUUUCCCACUAUCAGACAGGUUUUCCUGCCAAAAAUUUGUUCCCAACUGUUAAAAUGUAUAUAGAUUGUGGUAUGAAAUGGUUCAAAUCAGUGUUGCACACCUCAAAAUCUCUUCUAAAGUUACCCAUAUAUAUCAUUGUUGUCCAGACCUUUAAAAAA